AUGGCGCGUCAGGAACCACACCAGGGGCAGGUGGCGGCGCUGGAGGAGUCCACUGCCCCCACGGCGGCGGCUGGUGGGGGUGCGACUGAGGUCGCCACGGCUGUUGAGAUGACGGUGGGAUGUGGGGUGGACCUGGGCCGGGCGGGCGGGACUGCCGCUGCCGCUCACGGCGGCUCAUCUUCACCCUCUGCCACCCCCCGGACCGCAUCGCGGCUUGCUGAGGGGCGGGGGCCGGUCGCGGAGCAGGGACAGUCGGGGGAGGUGGGACUGGCGGAAUCCCCGGCACCGAUGGCUACGGUUGAGAUCGCUGCGGUUGUGACCGCCGCGGCGAGGAGACGGGAUAGGGAGGCGGGCGGAGUGGAAGUGACGGCGGCCGUUGCGUCCGACGGAACGUCUGCUACGGACGAGGGCGUAGGCACGCAGGAGCACGGCCAGGCGGGGGGCGGUAGACAGGACCGCGGGAAGAACGUCGCCGCUCCCGUCGCCCGCGGGAAGAAGGGGAAGAAGCCGCGCGCCCAGCCAGCAGCGAGGCGGCCCGGAGCAGGGCUGGGACCUGGUCCCCCGGGACCCCUCCUGGGCUGGCUGCUGCAAGGGCAGUCGCCACAAGCGCCAACGCGUCCGUCGUCAUCGCAGGCCGGGCCGUCACAACAGAUCGCCGCCGACGAAGUGAUCGUGCCAACGAUCCCGCCGCCUGCGGAGCCUGGCACGGUCGACGGCGCCGCACCACCAGCGACAGAGGUGGCGGCCGCAGCAGAGGAGAUCGCACCCCUGCAGACUGGCACUAGGCGCUCGACAAGGCAGGGGCCUAUCACCUGGGGCCCGCCACGUGGCGGACGAACACCGUGGAUGCCGGUGGGGCGAGGGGCAGGCAAUGUGGCGGCGGGAAUCGCUGGCGGCGCUGGAAGGGGAGUGCGCGGAGGUCUGCGUGGAGGACUGCGGGGGGGACGGGGAAGGCGCAAUCCGGUCGCUAGAUCUGAUGUGCCUGUACGGACUGGACCUUGGCGGGAACGCCACGAUAGGCCGGAAAUACAGGAGGCCGGAGCGAAUGAGGAGCGAGAGGCAUCUGGCAACUGCAGGGAUGACCCAGAGUUUAUGGGUGGUGAGGAGGAGGAGUCUGAGGAAAUCUCCUUGGACGAGGAGCAGGAACCUGGCAGGAGAGCCACACAGCGCCGAGGGGGGGCAGCGACAGGGGGAAAUAUCCAAGAAAAUCCAGGGGGUGGAGAAGAGCCAGCCACGGAGGACACUGAUGUGCCAUCCCCUGCCGAUCUGGCUGGCGAUGACGCCAUCUGGCUGGCUGCGGGGGCGUGGAAUAUGGACAUCCUUCAGAAGGGGGAACAGCCUUUCCUGGUCCGCCGCUUACCACCCCAGAUUCUGGACAGAUACACUCUGUGCAUGCUAGCCGCACUUCAUCGCCUGGACAAGAACCCGAGCUGCCCAGGUGGCUGGUUGGUGCUUCAAUUCCUACCGAGGCUCACGCUCAGGCCCGCCCCCGAACCUGUUACUGGGAGCCGCUGGACGCACAUCGAGGCGCGCCUUCACAAAUUUCAGAAGGGCGAGUGGGUUGACCUUUUCGAGGAAGCCGGGGUCAUCCCCGACACAGGAGGAAGUGCUGCUACUUUUCGCCAACGUGGUCAAUCGGCUCCUUAG